AUGGCACGACAGCAAACGCUGAAGCAGGCGUUCGCGGCGGUCGGACGUAAGACGAAGGCGCCGACUAGGCAGAUGCGUCAGAGUACGCUCAACUUCGACGGCUGCGCGCCCGCCCUGAGAGACGACAGCGACGAUGACGGCGAAUCGAUCGACUCCUGCGGCUGUAGCGACCACACUGCAACGAUGAACGACUACUAUGAAUGCAUUUGCAGCCGAGAGGACUGCGAUUUCGAAAACGAUCCUGAGUCUUGCAAUUGUAACGCGUGUUGGGAAGACCGAAUCGACCAGGACCCAACGCUCUGUGCAGUCCGUUCUGGAUUCUUCCACCGCCAUCAAGAGAACGCUGUUGCUGACGCCUUCUACGACGACUCGCGUUGGGACGAUCAGUUCCUGGCGUACUACGACGAACAAUGCAAGCCCAAAGUGUUGAAGCAAUUCGUCCUGCAGCGCGGUCUGUUGGAUGCAUUUCCUGCUGGCGUCACUCUGAAGUACUACUACAUCAAAGAGCUUCUCACUGCGGACAGUGUCCGCGUCUUUCGCUUCCUCGAUCUACCGGCCGAGAUGAGGAAUGAGGUGUACGGAUACCUCUUAGCGCCCCAGCAGCGCUAUACCCGCCGGACACAGAUUUUGAGGACUUGCAAGGCAAUAUACAACGAGGCCAACGAGAUUCUGUAUGCGGACAACGUCAUCUCUUGCGCGUUUUCGAAUCGACAAGAUUCCAGCGGAAAACGCGUGAUAAUCAACCACCGGACGUAUUCUGGAGCGAAUGCUCUCGAACUCUCUCAGCUUCCCGGUGCCAUCGAUCACUACCCAAGCUUUUUAGCCCGUCUGCGAAAGCUCGAGAUAGAGAUUCAUAUGGACUUGCCGUACGCAGCAGCGAACAGAAACCCUAUUGUCGACUUCGUGCGCUCUGCCCUACUGGCUUUGGCUUCGAUUCUCAUGGAGGGUGGCCGGCUGAAGGGUCUCCGAGUCCGUGUCUCGACAACCUCCGGCACGCUCCAGGAUAAAGUCGUCGCCAGUGUGUUGUAUCCAUUGCGUCGUUUGCGGAACACCGAUCUUACGUUCGCCGGCGAUGUCGAGGUACCUGACUUUCUGCGGAACGACAUGGCUGCAGAGCUGCGCCUGCGAGAGCCCGUGUUCAACACGCUUAUGCAUUGUCGCCUCAUCUUGUCGAACGCAGAAGCCUACUUGCGACUGAUUGACGUCCUGGACCCACUGCCCAGCAACAAUCCACAGAGGAUGGGCAACUCCCGAGCCGCGCAGAUGGCUCGACAAGUCCGAUACCUACAAGGGAAGAUGGUUAACCGGCGAAGUCUCUUCGCUGACUGGCUUGGCGAAGUCAAGGUUCAGACCCAUCUUGCCAAGCUCCAGAAGCAAAUCGAAGAGGUCUUUCCCAACGAGAUGCGCAAGAUGGUGGAAGGCAUCGGUAAGGCCACCAGCGACAGGCAGGCAUAUCAGCAGGAGCAUCAACGAUGGACUAUUGGUGAUCUGUCCCGAGCGAAAUCUCCAUCGCCUGACCCGGCACCACUCUAG